AUGCCUGCCGUGGGAGACCAACACCGCGGUCCACCCAGCACAGUGGUGUCAAACAUGGCUGGGACGGUCACUGCCAACCCUUUCGAAGAAGGCCCGCGACACAUGGCCGAAUACACCGCCCAAGAAGUUGCGACACUUCAAUCACGACUUGAUAAACAACUGGGUCCUGAAUACAUUUCUUCCCGAGCGGGUCCUUCCGGGCAAAAGGUACACUAUCUCGCAGCAGAGAAAUGCAUCAAUCUCGCCAACGAAGUGUUCGGGUUCAAUGGCUGGUCCAGUUCUAUUCAAAGCAUACAAAUCGACUUUGUCGAUGAGAGUCCCAAUACAGGAAAGAUAAGCCUUGGGCUGUCGGUUAUUAUGAGAGUCACCUUGAGAGAUGGCUCGUAUCAUGAGGAUGUCGGUUAUGGUCACAUUGAAAACUGCAAAGGCAAGGCGGCGGCUUUCGAGAAGGCUAAGAAAGAAGGAACGACAGACGGCCUCAAGCGGGCUUUGAGGACAUUUGGUAAUGUGCUGGGUAAUUGUGUCUAUGACAAGGAGUAUCUUGCCAAAGUCACCAGGGUCAAAGUGGCCCCAUCUAAAUGGGAUGUUGAGAAUCUCCAUCGUCAUCCGAGUUUUGCCCCAAUAAAAAAGGAACCUGUUCCAGAGAGGAAAUUGCCCGAGGAAGUCGAGUUACCUCCGCAGCCUACUGCUAAAGGCAGUGUACCACUACCUGAUAUGUCGAUGUUGGUUGAUGGUGACGGAGAAUUUGGCAGCGACUUAUUUGACGAAGCCGAUUUUGUUGCGCCAGCGGUUGGCAACCCUGAUGAGGUUUCUUUGGAUGUUGGCACUCCACAACCCCCACAACGAUCAUACCCUCGACACCAUUUACCUCCAGCGCAGCAAAGACCACAAGGAAUCUCUUCGCAUCUUCCUCCUGGGGGCUCCAACAUGGUUACUCCUUCUAAACCAGAAAAGCCAUGGGCUGCUGGACCAGGCCCAGCACCCCGUCCAACAUUCAACAGCAACUCGACCAAUCCUAUAGCAACGAAUGUGCAUAGAAAUGCAGAAAACCGUCAAGCUAUCGUGCAAGGGCAGGCUCUUGCAAACAAUCGUGCCAGCCAGGAAUUCCAGCAGACAAACAACAAGGAUAAAAUCAAAUCAGAGAACCCUCCAGGCCCGGCAAAUCAGCGAACCGUGAACAACGCCCAAAUACCCCCAGCACAGAACGAACAAUCUGUAUCUGAAAAGCCACCUCCAGACGCAGUAGUUGGGUUUUACUCUGCUCGGGCCGUGGAUACAUUGCGCGAAAACCCCCAAGCUUCCCCAAUGGCUCCGCGAUUCGACCCCCAUGCUGAAAGUCCAUCCAUCCGGAAAACAGCUGGCAUAGAUCAUACAAAGAGUGUCGCAAUAUUGAAACCAAUGCUAUCAAGCGCGUCGCCUUCAACAACUGGACCUAGGGAUUUCAUCAAUCCUUCCACGGACGCGCACCGACGAAUCGGAGCUCCUGGUGGUGGUGGUGCCAUAGCAAGCCCAGGAAACAGAGGAUUCACAACAUCCUCAUAUCGUCCCUUGACUCGACCGAGUAUUGACCCAAAGAGUGCUGGAGCUAAUGCACCAACGACAGAUGGGGCGUUGAAAAGACCACCGCUCGGCGAUGUGACCAACGCACCGCUACCAGGUACCACAGUUGGCAUGUCUGGGCCUGGAGAUCCCAAGAGGCCCCGCCUUAAUGAAAGUGCGAAUCCAAGACAAGUACAACAGCAAUAA